GGAAUACCAAUGAGAAAGUAAAUUAAUAUUUUUACAGCAUUUGCAUCAUGUUUGACUGUUCUCUGCACUUCAGCAGAAUAGGAGGAGACUGUAAUUUGGACUCUAUAAAACCUUAUCUGUCAAGUGAUAUGUAAAUGGGGUUGUGUGCACACACAUUGAUAUAUACAGGCAAACACCCUCACAAUUGUUAGCUCAGAAAGCAAGUGCUGCCUGUGAGUCUGCAGUACCUACACCUUGUUCGAAAGUGAUUAUUCAGUGUUCUGAUGCUUCAUUUGAUGUUACUAGAACAAAUCAAGACUCCUCCCCUUAAAACAAUUACUGUAUAAGAGUAAAUAGAAUUUUGUGAGCAUCUAUUUAAUUUGGCCACUAUUUACAUUUGUAACCCAACAAGCUUUUUAGUAGAGGGAUAGUGUCUUCAAAGACGUUUUAGUCUGGUACAGUUUACCUUCUUUUUCUGUACUCAGAGAUUACACCUGGUUAAAACCAAGGCCUGGAAAUGGAACUUCUUUUGAUUAUAAGUCCUCGGCAUGCAAUAAUAGAUGCUUAAAUAAAUACUUGGUGAAUGGAUUAGUUAGAAGAGCACCGUGCAGCAAGUCACCAAGGUGGUCCGUUCAAACUGCAGACUUGUUUGUCAUCCUUGUACAGCAGUCUCCUCCACAGCCACUCCAGAGAAGUGCGCCACAUAUCAGCAUAUUGGAGCAAAAUGAGAGAGUUUAUUUUGAGACCUCCAAAUUAGUGCUGCUACGGACCAUGAGCAAGAGAGAAAGCGUGGACUUCAGCCUGCACGAAUGGUCUUGAAACACAAGUGGUUUUGGGUCUAGGCAUUUUACACUGAGUUUUCUACUGCCACACUUUCUACUCAAGCAAAAUUCAUGUGAAAAGAUCUGCUGGGAAGGAGCCGACUGCUUAUGUUUCUCCAUUGUGAUGAAAGCACCUGGUACAGUUUUCCAAAGAAAUUAGUUCAUUUUCUGGGGCAGAGGAUCCAAUCUGCUGUUUUCUUACGGUUUUCCUCACGUCUCUGUGAAAGAGGAAAGAACACGCCUGAGCCCAGGAGCACUCCAGCUUCUCGUGGGAAGUCUCCAUGGUGAAGGAAGGCUGGGGCUCCCAGUGAACCGUGCACAGUGAAUGUUAUUCCAGAGCUGCUGCUGGCGGACUGCACCCACGGGGAGAUGAUUCCUCAUGAAGAGCCUGGAUCCCCUACAGAAAUCAAAUGUGACUUUCCAUUUAUCAGACUAAAAUCAGAGCCAGCCAGACAGUGAAGCAGUCACCGUGGAGGGGGGACGGCGAAAAAUGAAAUCCAACCAAGAGCGGAGCAACGAAUGCCUGCCUCCCAAGAAGCGUGAGAUCCCCGCCACCAGCAGGCCUUCGGAGGAGAAGGCCACCAUCCUGCCCAGCGACAACCACCGGGCGGAGGGCGUGGCAUGGCUCCCUGGCGCCCUGGGUGGCCGAGGUCACGGGGGCGGGAGGCAUGGCCCGGCGGGGACUGCGGUGGAGCUUGGUUUACAACAGGGAAUAGGUUUACACAAAGCGCUGCCCACAGCACUGGACUACUCCCCACCCAGCGCGCCCAGGUCCGUCCCGGCGACCACCACGCUGCCCACGGUGUACCCUCCCCCGCAGUCAGGGACCCCGGUGUCACCCGUGCAGUACGCGCACCUGCCACACACUUUCCAGUUUAUUGGGUCCUCCCAGUACAGCGGGCCCUACGCAGGGUUCAUCCCCUCCCAGCUGAUCUCCCCAACGGCCAGCCCCGCCACCAGCGCGGUGGCCUCGGCCGGGGGCGUCUCCACUCCAUCCCAGCGCUCCCAGCUGGAGGCCUAUUCCACUCUGCUGGCCAGCAUGGGCGGGCUGAGCCACGCCUCAGGACACAAGGCUGAGCAGCAGCAGCAGCAGCACUUGGGCAGGACUCCAGGGCUCAUGGCACCAGGGUCCCCACCACCCACCCAGCAGAACCAGUACGUCCACAUCGCCAGCUCCCCGCAGAACGCUGGGCGCACGGCCUCUCCACCGGCCAUCCCCGUACACCUCCACCCCCACCAGACGAUGAUCCCACACACCAUCACCCUGGGGCCCUCCCCCCAGGUCGUAGUGCAAUACACAGACUCCGGCGGCCACUUCCUUCCUCGGGAGGCCACCAAGAAAGCCGAGAGCAGCAGGCUGCAGCAGGCCAUGCAGGCCAAGGAGAUCCUCAACGGGGAGCUGGAGAAGGGCCGGCGGUACGGGGCCCCCACCUCGGCCGACCUGGGCCUGGUGAAGGCCAGCAGCAAGUCGGCGCCUCACCCCUACGAGUCCAGGCACAUGGUUGUCCACCCCAGCCCCUCCGACUACGGCAGUCGGGACUCCGCAGGGGUCCGGGCCUCUGUGAUGGUCCUGCCCAACAGCAACACCCCCGUCUCCGACCUGGAAGUGCAGCAGGUCACGCACCGCGAGGCCUCCCCCUCCACCCUCAACGACAAAAGUGGCCUGCAUUUAGGGAAGCCCGGACACCGCUCCUACGCGCUCUCACCCCAACAGGCUCUGGGCCCCGAAGGCGUGAAGGCCGCCACCGUCGCCACGCUGUCACCCCACACGGUCAUUCAGACCACACACAGCGCUUCGGAGCCACUCCCAGUGGGACUGCCAGCCACAGCCUUCUACGCAGGGACACAGCCGCCCGUCAUCGGCUACCUGAGCAGCCAGCAGCAGGCGAUCACCUAUGCCGGCAGCCUGCCCCAGCACCUGGUCAUCCCCGGCACCCAGCCCCUGCUCAUCCCGGUGGGCAGUGCUGACGUGGACGGGUCGGGAGCUGCCUCUGCAAUAGCCACGUCGUCACCCCAGUUUGCAGCAGUGCCUCACACGUUCGUCUCCACCGCCCUUCCCAAGAGCGAGAACUUCAGCCCAGAGGCCCUGGUCACCCAGGCCGCCUACCCGGCCAUGGUGCAGGCCCAGAUCCACCUGCCCGUGGUGCAGUCCAUGGCGUCCCCGGCAGCAGUGCCCCCGACGCUGCCCCCCUACUUCAUGAAAGGCUCCAUCAUCCAACUGGCCAACGGGGAGCUGAAGAAGGUGGAGGACUUAAAAACGGAGGACUUCAUCCAGAGCGCAGAGAUCAGCAAUGACCUGAAGAUCGACUCCAGCACCGUGGAGAGGAUUGAGGACAGCCACAGCCCCGGCGUCGCCGUCAUCCAGUUCGCCGUCGGGGAGCACCGGGCACAGGUCAGCGUGGAGGUGUUGGUAGAGUACCCUUUUUUUGUGUUCGGACAGGGCUGGUCGUCCUGCUGUCCAGAGCGAACCAGCCAGCUCUUCGAUUUGCCGUGUUCCAAACUCUCCGUUGGGGACGUCUGCAUCUCGCUGACCCUCAAGAACCUGAACAGACACCGGUACGCGGAGCAGGAGAACGGCAUCGGUCAGGGAGGUGCCCCGAUGCUCUCCGAGAACGGCGAACUGAAGUUUCCAGACAAAAUCGCAUUGCCUGCAGCGCCCUUGCUCACCAAAACGGAACCCAGCAAGCCCGCGACCGCGAGGAAGAGGAGGUGGUCGGCGCCCGAGACCCGCAAACUGGAGAAGUCGGAAGACGAGCCGCCUUUGACUCUCCCCCGGCCUUCGCUCAUUCCUCAGGAGGUGAAGAUCUGCAUCGAAGGCCGGUCCAACGUGGGCAAGUAGGAGCGGCGGCGUGGCGUGGGGAAGGAAUUCGGCCCUCCCUUACCAUUUGUAUCCAGAUUACUGUACUGUAGGCUAAAUAACACAGUAUUUACAUGUUAUCCUCUUCCUUUAGGUUUCUGUUCUUACCUUGUCGUUAGAGUUACAGCUGGUGUUGUGCAGGAGACGGUGCAUAUGCUUUUUCCACGCGUGUCUGGCCGUGGGCGAGCGGGGGCCAGCACGGGCGGCGCGGCCAGGCGCCUGGUGGAAUGAAAGUGGCUUUGGAGUGGCUGCCUUUUCUAGCAGCGCCAGAAGC